AUGAUAGAACGACGGGGAUGUCAUGGGGUGGCUGUACUUCACAAUCGUAUAUACGCUGUGGGAGGUUGUCAGAUCAAUGGGGAUGAUUGGAGAGAGUUAACUUCAAUGGAAUGUUACGACCAGCAAAGAAAUUCUUGGAAAUAUGUAGCUAGCUUACCGCUGGCUUUGGAGGAUUUCGCUAUGGUGGCCUCCAACGAUCGGCUGUAUGUGUUCGGAGGAAAUUCGCCGUCGGGAGUGAGCAAUAAAGUUUUCUGCUAUGAUCCAGUUGGGGAUGCCUGGAGCCAGAAGGGCGAUAUGCUAACUGGUCGACGGUGGUGUUCUGCUUGCAUUGGUCCGAGCGGACUGAUUUAUGUCGUCGGUGGGGAUGCUGGCAAACAGCCCGAAGAAUGUCUGCGCUGCACGGAAGCUUACGAUCCAGCUGCUGAUAAAUGGCUGAAAAAAGCUGACAUGCUUAGAAGACGCAAUAUGCCUGGGAGCGCGUGUGCGUACGGGAAGAUUUACGUUCUCGGUGGGUGUACUGAGGACAUCAGGAAUUGCGACAGCUCCAUUGAGUUUUACGACGAAGUUACGGACACGUGGACGCUGCACGAAAGCCGGCUGUUAACACCGAAAAGUGGUUUUGGUUGUGUGACGAUGAGGAUGCAGAAAGGUAUGCAUUUGUCCGGAUUAAUCCCUGUAGUUUGCGAAAAAACAUGAAGGUACUGUGGACUGCGUGGAUAUACUCCUCUGGAAUUCUAAAAUCGGCAUAAGGGUUGGUAAUCUUGUACUUCAGUUUUUUUUAUCUGUUGUUGUGAGAUUGUGGAACUUUGGGUUUUUGAAGGUCUAUUAGUCGGGGUCGGCAAACAUUAGAUUGAGUUUUCUGCCAGAUAAAGACCUACAGUACGCUUCUG